ACUGUACUGAAAAAUUUCGUAAAAGUGAUCGAGUUCAAUGAAAUAAUGGCGUAAGUAACCAGAUGGUUUGGAUGUGCGGAUUUCAAAGUAUCGUCGAUUUUAUAAACUAUUUCGACGAUUAAGAGAAAUGUCGAACCGUGAUCCGGAUAAUUUAAUAACCACAAACGAUGAAAAUUUCGAUUAUUUAUUUAAGAUAGUGCUUAUUGGUGAUUGUGGUACAGGAAAAACAUGUGUUGUUCAAAGAUUUCGAUCUGGUACAUUUAUCGAAAGACAUGGAAAUACAAUUGGUGUAGACUUUUCCAUGAAAACUAUACUAAUUGAUGACAAGAAAGUUAAGUUACAAAUAUGGGAUACAGCUGGCCAAGAGAGAUUUCGUACAAUAACUCAAAGUUAUUAUAGAUCUGCUAAUGGUGUUAUUGUUGUUUAUGAUAUUACAAAAAGAUCUACAUUCUUAAGUUUACAACAUUGGGUUGAAGAAGUACGAAGGUAUACUUCAUCGCAUGUAUUAUUAAUUUUAAUUGGUAACAAAUGUGAUUUAGAAAGUCUUAGAGAAGUUGAAAAAGGUGAAGCAGAAGCUCUUUGUCAAUAUCUUCCUGAAGUAUUACAAGUAGUAGAAACAUCAGCCAAAGAAAAUACCAAUAUAGAUUCCAUAUUUUUUUAUCUGGCAUCUGAGCUUAAAAGACGAUAUGAAAAUCGCCAAAUAAAUGCUAAUGAAGAUGAAGUUGUUAGACUUGGUGCAAGUAGAAAAUUGUCUUCCUGUUCAAGCUGCUCAUAUAAAAUAUUUUAAGUAAUGAUUUUUAAACAAGUGGUAUACAUAUCUUUUUUAAAUUUAAAUUUGUAUAUAAAAUGAAAAA